AUGAAAACAUCACUUAACAUCACUGAAAGGACAGUCGAUGUCGAGUUUUUACGAGUGUACCAGAAGUUUAAAUAUCAAGAGGUUGGGUUGAACAAAUUAUAUCAAUUGGUUGUGUCUAUGUCGGACCUUAUGGUCCAGACACAAGACACUCGAAUUUUCAUCACAGACUGUUUGGUCAAUUUGACAGACCCUAUUGUGGAAAUCAAUUCUGCCGCGCUUAAGUACAAAACUGUUUGUGAGAUAGAGAAUAUGGCGGUUUCUAAGUACAAACAGAGUGUUGUUAAAGUGGUUUUAACGCCGUUGCUCGAGCUCAAAAAGAUAUACAAUGUGCUUGGAUUACGACACAAAGUACUCAAAGAUAGACACGAAGAGUGUAACAGACUGAAUGAAGCCAUGAAUAACGCUAAACCAGAAACAUUGUCAAUUGCAAAACAACGGUUUGAAAGGUCACUCGACUUGUACUACUACUUACGAAACGAACUCAUUGAGGAUAUGAGGAAUAUCAUUGAAUUUUCACAGAUCAUGUACAACGAAACGAUGAUAGGACUUCUUGCAAGUGACAACUUUUAUAUGGAACAAUUGAUGGAGACAAGAUCGGGACUGAGUUCAUUGCAAAACACAAUGGAACACACAAAACUCAAUUUGCAACAAAAGGCUAUCACUUCUGAUGACAAUUCGUUUGUCACUGAAGACAUUGUCUAUGCCCAAAAACAAAGAGACUUGCACAAUGGAUGUUAUAGUGUGAGAAACUACUUGGUCCCCGUUUCCUCUGUCAAAGAAGAGAAAGAAACAUGUGAGAAAUAUAAAUUCCCAACACUCAAGAAGGAACUUCCUCCACCAAAGCAAUCAACAAAACCUAUACAAAAACAACUUCCAGUCAAUUCACCAAACACACAACCACAACAGAACCAAAGACCAAAAUCGAUGAUGCCACAAACAAGACCACCUCCUAUCCCAACACAACAAAAAAACACACAAACUGUGCAACAAGAUGCACAACAACAAAAGCCCCAAGAAGACAAAGGAGAAGAGAAAAAAGUCGAAAUUAAAACUGAACCACCAAAAGAACCACCAAAGGAGCCUCCAAAACAAAUUCCAAAAGAAAUUGUAAAAGAAACUAUAAAAGAACAACCAAAACAACAAGUCAAAAAGGAAGAAGCAAAAAUCGAGGUGAAAGCAAAGAACGACGGAAAAUUGAAUUCUCAAGCGAAACCACAAAAGAAGAGCGCAACGCGAAAUUUGAAAAAAGUUGAGCGACGACAAACGCGAAUGCUUUCUGAUAUGAAGAAAGCGACAUCCACAACAAAUCGCGAUAGGUUCAGUGUGUACCCUGUCAAAUCCGCGCAAGGGAAUGGAAAGUUGGAGAUGUUGGAUCCUACGGUUAUAGCCAAAAUUGAAAAGAUGAAGAAGAAAGAAGCACAAGAGAAGAAAGCCGCUGAGCAGCCAAAAGAAGAAGAGAAGAACAAGUUUGAAAUAGUCGAGUGUGAAGACGACGAUGAAAGUUCUUCGUCGUCAUCUUCUGACGAGUCGAAUGAGUCAGGUGAAGGCAUUAAAACUGUCGAAAUGGAGUUUGAUGAGUUCUUUAAAGGGGAUGAUGCUCCUAAGAAUUACGUUGCGUUGUUCGCAUACGACGCAGCU